CUACCGAACAGAAAAGGAUAAAGGCACUUUGUAUGAGCUCACCUUCAAAGGAGACCACAAACACGAGUUCAAACGACUUGUCUUGUUUCGACCGUUUGGCCCUAUCAUGAAAGUGAAAAAAGAAAAACUCAACAUGGCCAACACGCUUAUCAACGUUAUCGUGCCACUAGCAAAGAGGGUGGACAAGUUUCGGCAGUUCAUGCAGAAUUUCAGAGAGAUGUGCAUCCAACAGGAUGGGAGGAUUCAUCUCACUGUUGUUUACUUUGGGAAAGAAGAAAUGAAUGAAGUCAAAGGAAUACUUGAAAACACUUCCAGAGCUGCCAACUUCAGGAACUUCACCUUCAUCCAACUGAAUGGAGAGUUCUCUCGGGGAAAGGGACUUGAUGUCGGAGCCCGGUUCUGGAAGGGAAGCAACGUCCUCCUCUUUUUCUGUGACGUUGACAUCUACUUCACCUCUGAGUUCCUCAAUACGUGUAGGCUAAACACACAGCCAGGGAAGAAAGUAUUUUAUCCAGUCCUUUUCAGCCAGUACAAUCCCGGCAUAAUAUACGGCCACCAUGAUGCAGUCCCGCCCUUAGAACAGCAGCUGGUCAUAAAGAAGGAGACUGGAUUUUGGAGAGACUUUGGAUUUGGGAUGACAUGUCAGUAUCGGUCAGACUUCAUCAAUAUAGGUGGGUUUGAUUUGGACAUCAAGGGCUGGGGCGGGGAGGACGUGCACCUCUACCGCAAGUAUCUCCACAGCAACCUCAUAGUGGUGCGGACGCCCGUGCGGGGACUCUUCCACCUCUGGCACGAGAAGCGCUGUGUGGACGAGCUGACCCCGGAGCAGUACAAGAUGUGCAUGCAGUCCAAGGCCAUGAAUGAGGCAUCCCACGGGCAGCUGGGGAUGCUGGUCUUCAGGCACGAGAUAGAGGCUCACCUUCGCAAACAGAAACAGAAGACGAAUAGCAAAAAAACAUGAACUCCCAGGGAUGGAUUUAGGGAGACACUGAAUUUUUUUUUCCUUUUGCAAUUACUGAAAAAGUGGCUGCAGUGAGGAAAAGACUUCCAUAAAGAGUGAAAGAAAGAAUUUGACCGAUUAGUAAGAGACAGAGGAAAGAGCCUCCAAUUUCUCUCUGUCUACAUGGCUUAUGCAACAGAAAUGAAAAUCUCCACUUUGCCUCCAAAAGUAGCCCAGAUGCACCCUGUACAGUGUCUGACAAAGACAGAAUGAUUGUAAGAUUAUAAGCCUCGUGGCGUGGAGGUUUUGAUUGUGUUUACAACAAAAUGAGAUCUAUUGUUUCCUAUGCUCGUUGAAAUAUUCAUGAAUUGAGACCAGUUUUGUAAAAAGUUUAUUAGAAUGAAAAGCACAUUUCUCCCCAUAUGAACGAUUCUGUCAGUAGGGCUCUAGUUCCUAGGAAUGCUAAAACAUCAGAAGGCAGGAGAGGGGAAUAUGUGAAAUGCAGAGACGCUCUCAUAUGCUCUUAAUAUGCUUGUGAGCACAUUAAGCAAAACCAAGCAGACCAGAAAAGGAAAAAAAAAACACCAUAAAUAUUGUAUCAAUUUCCCCCAAGAUUAACCAAAAAUAAUCUCAUCUUUUUGGUUGUCAUUUUAACUAUCUGCAUUUGUUUAUUUUAUUUAAAAAUGCACUUUUACUUUGCUUAUGAGUUUUAUUCUGCUUAUUUAAUUACUAAUUUGCAAGCCUUACUAAGAGAGCACAAGUUAGCAUAAUUUUUAUAGUUUUAAGAAGAUGCUUCUGGAUGCAUUAUGAGAACUUUCAGUUCAGAGCAUCGAAUUGAUGCCAUAUUCAAGGACAUGCCAAGUGCUGACCCUAUCGGGCACGGAAUGUCGAUGACAGAACUUUACACAUGUGGAAGGCAUGGUUUGGGGCUGCUGAUAGAGACAUAGAGACACUUUAUCUGAAGAGUAUUUCUGAAGAGGAGCAUCUGAACACUGGAGGGAAAGAAAAAGAUACUUUUCACCUUAACAGAAAAGGAAAUUCAUACAGACUGGUGAUAUCUCGAUAUAUGUAAAAGUCAGAAAACACAUUUUCUCCUCUGAAGAAAUGAGGACCACUUUCUUACUUGUUUAAAUAAACCAAAGUAUACUGUGUGAACCAAACAAUCUCUUUUCAAAGCAGGGUGCUCUUCCUGGCUUCUGAUUUCCAUAAGAAGAAAUGCAGAAAAAUAUAUUUUGUGAAAGAUCAAUCCAUCUGCCAGACUAGUGGGAUGGAACUUUUUGCUAUGUGAUCACCCACCCCAGGCUAGGUGGAUAUAACUUAAUUAUUUUUAAAAUUAAGCAGUUCUACUUAAUCACCAAUAAAGUUGCAGUUUAUUACAGUUUCGAACUAUUUUUUAAAAAAUGAAGACAGUUAACAGAGUGGUUUCUACAUUCAUGUGAAAAUUAUUUAUUAUCCAGCACCAGAUGCAUGAGCUAAUUAUUUCUAUGAUUCUUUGCCUUCUGUUUGCCCACAGUAAACUCAUUGUUUAAAAGCUUCAAGAAAUUCAAGCUGUUGGUGGGUUUUUUUGUUUGUUUUUGUUUUUAAUGCAUUGUAUUGAUCUGUACUGGUAGUUCAUAAAAUUUUAUUAAAACACAGGACAUGAAUGGAAGGUGGUAUUGCACAGCUAAUAAAAUAUGAUUUGUGGGUAUGA